AGACAGACGUGGGGAGAGAGAGGUACCAUGGCUGCUCUCUCUGCUUUGCUGAAGACCUGGGUGCUACUGCAGACCCUGUGCCUGGUUCUGGCCCAAGUGAGGGGUCCACCAGGACCUCAGGGCCAGACCGGGCCAGCAGGCCCCUCUGGCACUCCUGGGUCAGACGGCAUCGAUGGAGAGACAGGACCUCCUGGGCCCCCUGGUCCACCAGGGUUAAAGGGAGAGCCAGGAGAACCGGGUCCUGAUGGAGUGUCAGGAGAGAAUGGCAUUGAUGGUUUGAUCGGCGCGAAGGGUGACCGAGGUCCUGUUGGGAGCCCUGGCCCAAAGGGUCAACAUGGACCAAGCGGUGAGCCUGGCCCUCCUGGAGCAGGCCUUCCAGGACUCGCUGGAGCUCUUGGGGCAAUUGGUCUUCCAGGUGAAAUUGGGGCAAGUGGGGCAAAGGGUGUCAUGGGACCACCUGGACCUCCAGGACUUCCUGGACCUCCUGGCAAACCUGGUCCUCCGGGGAAGUUCAUCGGUGGAGAGGAGGGGAGUGCAGACUUCCAGUGUCCUCUUAACUGUCCAGCAGGACCAAAAGGCCCUCAGGGACUACAGGGUGUCAAGGGACAUAAAGGACGUGCUGGUGUUCUCGGAGAGCCUGGCAGCAUCGGAAAAUCGGGCCUCAGGGGAGAAAUGGGCAUCUCUGGGGAACAAGGCAUCCCAGGACCUGCGGGUCCAAUUGGUCUGAGGGGUUAUCCAGGAAUGAUGGGUCCUAAAGGAGAGACGGGGCCACGCGGUUACAAGGGCAUCAACGGACAUGUUGGAAUUGCCGGGCCUCCUGGCGAGGAGGGACCUCAGGGACCACCUGGAGAGGCAGGAGACAAGGGAGACAAAGGCGGCCGAGGUAUCCAGGGCCCACAGGGUGCGGUCGGCAAAAAGGGAGAGAACGGUCUGCCGGGUAUUGAUGGAAAAGAUGGCACACCUGGUACUCCUGGAAUCAAGGGCGGCUCCGGUCAGGCUGGGAUGCCAGGUCCUCCUGGUCCUCAUGGAACAGCGGGGUUGCCUGGCAGUCCCGGGUCUAAAGGUGGAGCUGGAGCUAAGGGCGGGCCUGGACCUCGAGGACAUGGUGGCAUGUCUGGUGCGCCUGGACCUCUGGGUGAGCCUGGUCUUCCUGGUGUUGCUGGUAUGGAAGGAGUACCUGGGCCUAAGGGCGACAGAGGCCAGCGGGGAGCGGUCGGCCCACAGGGAGUAGUCGGCAAACCUGGGAGCAAAGGAGAGCGAGGACCCAUGGGAGUACCUGGUGCGCAGGGCCUUAGUGGAACCAAGGGAGACAAGGGCUUCCAAGGAAAAGGCGGCUCAAAGGGAGACGUGGGUGACCCCGGCGUGGAGGGACUGGCUGGCGAGAAAGGUGAAAAGGGUAUGUCUGGUGAACCUGGACCCAAAGGACAGCAAGGAAUUAGGGGGGAGUCUGGACACAACGGACCCACUGGAGACUCCGGUAAACCAGGAGAUCUGGGACCAUCAGGGCUUCCUGGUCCAAGGGGACUCAACGGCGAGCGAGGAGUACCUGGCAUGCCUGGUAUUCAGGGAUCAAUUGGGCGCGAUGCAUCCGACCAGCAUAUAAUCGAAGUGGUGUUGAAGAUGUUGCAGGAGAGGCUAGCCGCAGUUGCGGUGAGCGCCAAGAGGGCUGUGCUCGGCGGCGCGGGUGUGAUGGGACCUCCUGGGCCCCCUGGACCUCCAGGUUCAGCCGGACCUCAGGGGCCACAUGGCCUGCCUGGUGCCCGGGGCAUCCCUGGCAUGAUUGGAGGACAUGGGCAAGUUGGAAACACAGGGCUCAAAGGAAAGAGAGGAGCAAAGGGAGAGAGGGGAGAUCUAGGUAAACCUCACCCAGGAGCACCAGGACCUCCUGGAAUUCAAGGUGCUCCUGGCGUAGAUGGCGUGGCCCGUAAUGGCAGGCACGGUGAGAGAGGACCUCAGGGUUCAGCCGGAGAGGCCGGUUACCCCGGUAAGGCGGGCGCGCAGGGUCUGCCGGGCUACUGCGAGGCAGCGAUGUGUCUGGCGGCGUCAGCGUACACCUCCCCGAGACUACAGGAGGCGGGAGCGAUCAAAGGCCCCGGUGUUUAAGAGACCCAUCUCUCCGUCAGCGGCUCACAACAUCAUCCGGGAGAGAGGGAGAGGAAGAGGAGAAGGAGGAGGGCGAAAGUGCGAGAGCUCCUCUCAUGUAGGACAACAUCGAGAACGAGG